AUGGGUAAGAGAUACUGGAUGCAGAGAGAGUCACUGCCUGAGGCAUCGUCCGUUGCUAGGCCGACCGCAAACAAAACGAUAAACCUUUUUGGAAUCGAUAACGACGACGCUUUUCCCUUUGAUGUUUGCAAAACCCCCACCAUCGACAAAACACGUCGGAUUCAAGGCAUCACUCUUAGGGACCCCAACCUCCACGAACUGGUCAAGCUCGCACACAAAGAACAAAUGAUUAACGUCAGAUUCCAGUGCUCUGAGGUUCCCCUUCGCGUCUUGAUGCCCAAGGAUCAGAUUACUCCAGCCUUGGUCAUCCAGUGA